CUGAGCCGGCUCAGCAGCAGAACCCUGUGCACAGUCCUCCUUGGCACCGCACUGCCUCUGCCGGGCACAGGGACCCCAGCAGCGGCAGGGUGGGUGUACAGCUCACAGCCUGGGUCAGCAACUUCCCCUCUGGCUAUGGCGGCGAAAGUGGACCUCAAGUUCUCCACCGACUGGAAGGAGGCGAAAGCUUAUCUGAAGGCUCUGACUGACAAGCAGAGGGAGGAGCAUUAUUUCUGCCCAGACUUUGUCAGCCUGAAGAAAAUACCCCCCUGGAAGGAUGGGGAGGCAAAAGGGGCGCCAGAUAAGGAGAAGGAAUCCCAUUACAAGCCGGACAAGGCCCUGAAUGAGAAGCUCUCACUCUUCCGGGGAGACAUCACCAAGUUAGAGGUGGACGCCAUUGUGAACGCGGCCAACAGUUCCCUGAUGGGAGGAGGUGGCGUGGACGGCUGCAUCCACCGAGCGGCCGGCCCCCUGCUCAAAGAAGAAUGCCGCACACUCCAUCACUGUGAGACCGGCAAAGCUAAGAUCACGGGCGGCUACCGCCUGCCUGCCAAGUACGUCAUCCACACCGUGGGGCCCAUUGCGCAGGGAAACCCCAGCCCCGCCCAGGUCCAGGAGCUUCGCAACUGCUACCUUAACAGCCUGCAACUGGUGCUCGACAACAGCCUUAGAUCCGUGGCCUUUCCUUGCAUUUCCACCGGGGUCUUUGGUUACCCCAGUGAGGCAGCAGCUGAGGUCGUCCUGAGCACCCUUCGGGAGUGGCUAGAGGAGCACAGGGACAAGGUUGAUCGGUUGGUGAUCUGUGUAUUUCUGGAAAAGGAUGAGAAGAUAUACCGCAAGCGGCUGCCUUAUUUCUUCCCUAUGGCCUGAUUCUGCAUCACGAUUCCCACUCCGUCAGACUAAUACUCUUCCAGGAGGGCUCAAAACCAGCUCUCAGACUAUACUGUUCAACCUGUCCCAAGUUGCCCCUGCCCUCAUCCCCCUCCUGACCCUCCCGCAGUGAGGAGGAUCUCACAUUACCACUCAAUAAAGGGUUCGAAGCUCAUUAAAAAUAAAAACAACUAAAUCAA